AUGUCGUCCGCGGAUAGAAACGACUUACCGGGUGAAACAGAGGGAGGUGGAACUGGGGAAGGUGGGACCGGGGGAGGUGGAUCUGGGGAAAGCGGAUUGCAGCAGGGGGAGGGGAGCACCCGCGCAGGGUCGGCGGAAGCGCAAGGGGAAGGGAGUGCGCCGUCGUGCCAGGCGGAAGCGCAGCAGCAAGGGGAGGGGGGAGGGCGGAAGAAACCGAUGGUUGUGAUUGUGGUGGGCAUGGCAGGUACGGCCUGGUGGCCUUCGCUCUUUCUCCCCUCUCCCCUCUCCCCUCUCCCCUCUCCCCUCUCCCCUCUCCCCUCUCCCCUCUCCCCUCUCCCCUCUCCCCUCUCCCCUCUUCCCUCUCCCUCUCCCCUUUCCCCUCUCCCCUCUCCCCUCUCCCCUCUCCCCUCUCCCCUCUCCCCUCUCCCCUCUCCCCUCUCCCCUCUCCCCUCUCCCCUCUCCCCUCUCCCCUCUCCCCUCUCCCCUCUCCCCUCUCCCCUCUCCCCUCUCCCCUCUCCCCUCCAUUACCUGAUCAACCUCGACCCGGCUGUGCCCUCCAAGACCCCAUCUUCCCUCCUCUUCCCUCCUAUGCCCCCCUCUCAAAUCCCAUCAGGCAGCGGAAAAACAACCCUCGUGCAGCGGCUGUACGCGCACAUGCACGGCAGCAAGAUAGCUCAUUACCUCAUCAACCUAGACCCUGCCGUCCCCUCCGUGCCCUUCCUCGCCAAUAUCGACAUUCGCACUUCAACAUGUUUCUCACAACCCCCAACCCCCAUCAGGCAGCGGAAAGACAAUGGCAGUGGCAAAACCACCCUAAUGCAGCGCCUGUAUGCGCACAUGCACGGCAGCAAAAUCGCCCACUACCUCAUCAACCUGGACCCGGCCGUGCCCUCCGUGCCCCCCUCUUCCCUCCUCUGCUCUCCUCUGCCCCCCUCUCGAAUCCCAUCAGGCAGCGGGAAGACAACGUUAUUGCAGCGGCUGUACGCGCACAUGCACGGCAGCAAGAUCGCUCACUACCUCAUCAAGCUCGACCCGGCCGUCCCUUCCGUGCCCUUCCGCAGUGGGAAAACAACGCUAAUGCAGCGGCUAUAUGCUCACAUGCACGGCAGCAAGAUCGCUCACUACCUCAUUAACCUGGACCCCGGCUGUGCCCUCCGUACCCCCAUCUUCCCUCCUCUGCCCUCCUAUGCCCCCCUCUCAAAUCCCAUCAGGCAGUGGAAAACGACUCGCAUGCAGCGUCUGUACUUGCACAUGCACGGCAGCAAGAUAGCCCACUACCUCAUCAACCUCCUCCCUGCUGUGCCCUACCUUGCCAACAUUGACAUUCACGCUUCAACACGUAGCGGAAAAACAACCCUGAUGCAACGCCUAUAUGCCCACAUGCACGGCAGCAAGAUAGCUCACUACCUCAUCAACCUAGACCCGGCUGUGCCCUCCGUGCCCUACCUCGCUAAUAUCGACAUUCGAGACACGGUGAAUUACAAGAACGUGAUGAAGGAGUAUGGGCUGGGGCCGAACGGUGCGAUUCUAACGUCACUCAAUCUCUUCACCACCAAGAUUGAUGAGGUAAUCACACUUGUGGAGCGUCGAGCCGACUUGCUCGACUAUGUUUUCAUCGACACGCCCGGGCAGAUCGAAAUUUUCACCUGGUCAGCUUCCGGAGCAAUCAUCACAGAAGCCUUCGCCUCCACCUUUCCCACGGCCGUUUGUUUUGUAGUGGACACACCCCGGGCGGCAAAUCCCGGCACCUUUAUAAGCAGCAUGCUGUACGCAUGUGGGAUUCUGUACAAGACGCGGUUACCGCUGCUGCUGGCGUUUAACAAAACUGACGUGGCACGGCACGACUUUGCCGUUGAGUGGAUGCGGGACUUCGAAGCCUUUCAAGCAGCAGUGGAUCGCGAUCCUUCCUACGCAGCCUCACUCUCUCGCUCCCUCUGCCUCGGCCUGGACGAGUUCUAUUCAAAUUUGCACGCCGUGGGAGUCUCGGCUGUUACAGGAGGGGGGAUCAAGGAGUUUUUCACCGCUGUCGAGGCAGCCAGAAAAGAGUACAUGGAAGGCUACAGGGUUGACUUGGAGAAGAUGAGAGCCGAGAAGGAGAAGAAAGAGGCGGAGAGGCAGAGUGCGGAGAUGGCCCGCUCACUCAAGCGCCGGUUCAAGCUGCUAGCCAAUGGCGAGUACAAGCGGUGGCGGGCAGGCAAGAGGCAUAACGCGAGCACCAAGACCAAGAAGCAGAGGAGGCAGCUGCGGCAGCCGUCAGUGGUGCCUCCAGGGCUAAAACAGCCCAUGCGGUACCUUGGCUUUAAGAGGUAG